GGGCUGACUGCUGUGGUAUUUGGAUACGUUUGUGUGUUUGACCUGCUGAUCAUGAAAGUGGAGUCUUCAUGCGUGUCAUAUUAUGAUAUAGAUGAAGCUACAGAUCGUGUGUCUGACAUUGUUGCUGCUAUGCAGCCACAUUUCAGCUCACAGCCGGGGUCUUACUAUAGCGAUGCAUUAUUCUUUUUGUCCCUUGGUUUGCACAGAAUAGCUGAACGACAAGAGCGUGCUAUUAUGUUUGAUAUUGAUACCAAAUUUCUAGCUGAUGUAGCAGACUUAUUCCGGGAAUUUGACAGUUUUGGCAGAAAAACUGUAUUGGGGAUGGCACCAGAAUUGACACCAGUGUAUCAUCAUGUGCUGCACUCAUACAGACGAAAGCAUAAAGGAACGUUAUUUGGUGAUCCUCCUUCCCGCGGCGGAUUUCCUGGUGUGAACAGUGGUGUAGUACUUCUCCAUCUGAAACAAAUGCGUAACUCGGAGGAGUACCAUAGGCUACUCCAGCCACAGUCUGUCACACAGCUUGCUUCAAAAUACAAUUUCAAGGGGCACUUGGGAGACCAGGACUUCAUUACUCUCCUUGCCUGGGAAAGACCAGAGUUCGUGAAAAUAUUACCUUGCAACUGGAACAGGCAGCUGUGCACCUGGUGGAGAGAUCAUGGAUAUCGUGAUGUCUUUGACCAGUUUUUUGAGUGUUCAGGUCCCAUAUACCUCUACCACGGAAACUGCAACACACCAAUCCCUGCCUAGUCAGAUGAUUCAAAUGAUGAUUUCAUGAGUUACCUCGAAUAUUAUUAUCAUUGCCCUAGUCUUAUUAUUUGUAGAUAUUAGUUUUGUCUGAACACAUCACUAUUAUGUAACUAUGAUACCAGGAUUAUUCACAACAAAUCAAAGUAUAUCAUGCUUUAACAGCAUUUGUGAUAGAAAGCAAGUCAGUCUCUCUCUCUCUCUCUCUCUCUCUCUCUCUCUCUCUCUCUCUCUCUCUCUCUCUCUCUCUCUCUCUCUCUCUCUCUCUCUCUGAUAAAUUCCUCCUGAUGGCGUAUUUUCAGAUGGAGAGGAGAGGGGAGGGGGCGGGACCUCUCCUAGAAUCAACAGUAGACAAUAGGACUUAAUUUGAGAGUAAUGAGGAAAGCCAUUUUGUCUACAAUGCUUGAAGUUCAUCAGUUCAUAUCUAGUUAAUUUAAAUGAAGUAGUGUUUUCUGAAGUUACUGGUGUGAUGCUUGAAUGCAAGCUGAUUGUGCAACUGAUUAGCAGAAUUAAGUUUGUAAGUUUAUGGGGCUGCUGUAGUAACAAGUCAGCUGUGUAUCAGGCACUCAAAUAUAGAAGUUGAUUGUGUUUAUUGUCCCCGAAAUGUCAAAAUAUGUGAUAUUAGAAAUUAACAAGCAUAUCUCAGUCAUGUAAAUACUUCAUUUUAUAAGAUGCACUUCAUUAAAUAGUAUUGAUUCAGUAGUAAAACAUAUUAACAGGAGUAAGAUUCUCAUUUUUGUUCAUUCCUGUGAUACAUUAAGUAUCGUUUCAUAUGGACUUGCAGAUUUUUUUAUUUACAAAAAAAAAACUGAAAGUAGUCAUACUGUGUAAGUUCACUAUGUGAAAGUAGUCUCUUGAAAGCAGUUACUUAUGUUUGUAGUUUUCAUCAUUUAUACCUCAGAUGCUAGUCUCAUAAGUUUUAAAAUAAAGUCUUCCAGUGUACUGUACAUGCUGUGCAAACAGUUGAAAUAUAAUUUUUCUGGUUUACAUUGUAAGAAAACGGUGAAUUUUUAUGUAAUAGUAUUUGAACAGAAGUAAUAUAAAUUUGAUAUCAACUGGAGUAACAUUGGUGCAAAAUUUUGAGGCUAUUAUGUACCUGCUGUGAUUCAAAUAAACUUGCAUAUACAUUCAAAUAAACUUACUUAUGAGAAGGC